CUCUUUUAAUUUGUUGGAUUUUAUGUGAUUAUUGAACGCUUAGGUGCAGACUGCGCGUAUUUUGAAUCGGUUUUUUUGAUCUCUUGUGUUGUUUAUGGUAAACGGCUCAGUCCUAGAAAGGGAAAUGAGCACGCACACUAACUCCCCAUAUUGCUUCAAAUAAAAUCGUACUGAUCCAGUUUUGGUUCAAAUCUGAAGGAGCGCUUCGUUACAGAUAGAAAAGGAAUUCUUCGAAAAUGUUAGGUUUACUUGGAAUAUAAAUUGUUGAUUGGAAUAUGGUCUGGCAUGGUAGUUGGCAAAUUGUAAGCCAAAUAGGACCUGGCAUGUAUAUUUUUAGGUGAUUUAUGUGCUGUGUAAGUAUACUUAAUUGCCUGUUUUACAUAUUUAUAUCUGUCUGAAUAGUUUUUGUUCUCGAUGUUCCGUUCUGAUGGGCUACUUUAAAAAAACGAAACAUAAUGCCUUUUCAGAUUAAAGUUUGCAAAACUACCGUAUUUUAUUGGUUUCAGUUUCGACAGUUGAAUAUAUGAAAUUUGAUUUUUGGCGCACUUCAAAUUACAUGUUCUGUUGAGAGCACUUUAGGGGGUUCAUAACUGUUGAGGUUACACAACUUUGAUAAUGGGAGAAAAUGUUGAUGAGGAGAAUCAGCUGAUGUUUGAAGACAAUUUUCCUCAGAGUAUGCAAAUCGAUCCAAGAAGAGCACGGUUUCCGUACUGCAUUGUCUGGACACCCCUCCCUGUUAUUUCAUGGCUGAUUCCUUUCAUUGGACAUAUUGGCAUAUGUAGAGAGGAUGGCGUGAUUUUGGACUUUGCAGGGCCUAAUUUUGUUUGUGUAGACAAUUUUGCAUUUGGGUCAGUGAGGCGCUACGUCCAAAUAAACAAAGCAAAGGACUGUUGCCUUUCUCCCCCUGAAUCUGUAUUCGACGAUCAGGGCCAAUACCAGCAGAAUGGAAUUGGAAGCGAUACAUUGACAUGGGAUGGCGCGCUACGAAAGAGCACACAGGAGUUCCAGCAUCGAUCGUACAAUUUUUUGACUUGCAAUUGCCACUCCUUCGUCGCCAAUAACUUAAACAGGUUGGGCUUUCACGCUGGUGGAUGGAAUGUGGUGAACAUUGCUGCUCUGAUCUUCCUCAAGGGUCACUGGGUGAGUAAAGCAUCAAUGGUGCGAUCAUACUUACCGUUUGUUAUAGUAUCUGGUCUUGGACUUACGUUUUGGGGUUUUACUUAUCUAACCGUCUUGGCCUUGAUAAUUUUCUUUCUUGGUGGGUGGUUUCUUCUUGGUACGUACUGUUUUAAGGAUUUGAUCCAGUUGUAGAUUUGUGGUUAGUAGUUUGGUAUUCAGAUAUGAAACCAUCUUUCUAUGAAUGAACUUAUGCUGCUUUGCCUGUA